AUGGCCGAAUCGGAUGUCAAAUACUUUAAUUUGUCUGAAGACAAAAGUGUCUUGUCCGUUAAGGUUUCUGAAAAUCUGAUUAACGAAUGGUUUGAAAAUAAACAUCGUAAACUUUCACUUUUCAUCUGCCUUGAUAUUUCAGGAUCAAUGGCAGGAUCGGGUCUUACUCAGGCCAAAAAAGCUAUUCUUUAUUUGUUGGAUGGUUUAUUCACCGGUGGUAUCCUUUCUGAGAAAGAUGUUACUUGUUUCUUUUAUCAAUCAUAUUGCGAAGUAGUUCGUUUUGCUGAUAAACCGAAUUUACGUUGGAAUAAUGGCGGAAUCCAGGAAUAUUUCGAUUGCGUUCAUUCAUAUGGAGGUAAAUUCUCUGAAUUGAUUCAUCCAUUUAUG